GGGACGUUAAAAUCACGCAAGAAAGGACGACUGAAAAGAGAGAGAGGUACAGUCCAAAAAAACCUCUUCGUCUUCUUUGAUUUUCGAAAUUCUCAGAUCCUAACCGCCAUUAAUACCCCAGUUACACUCGAGAAUGAGGAAGGGAACGAAGAAGAGAGGAGGUUCGAGAGGAGGUUCGCGAGGAGGCCGUAAAACUGGUGCGUCUUCGUCGGCGAGUAAGAACGAUGAUGCGGUGGUAGAGGCCACGACGACGCAGGAGACACAGCCUACUCAGGAGACAGAGGAAACGGAGGAUAAGGUGGAAUCUCCGGCGCCUGAGGAGGAGGGAAAAAACGAAGAAGAAGCGAACGAGAAUCAGGAAGAGGAAGCGGCGAAGGUUGAAUCUAAGGCUGCGGAGGAGGGAGGGAACGAAGAAGAGGCGAAAGAGGACAAGGAGGAGGAAAAAGAAGAAGCGGCGAGAGAAGACAAAGAGGAGGAAGAAGAAGCGGUGAAGCCUGAUGAGAGUGCGAGCCAAAAGGAGGAGGCGAAAGGUGCGUCGUCUUCAGAACCGCAGCUUCGUCGUGGUAAGCGUAAGAGAGGCACAAAGACGGAAGCGGAGAAGAAAGUAUCGACUCCUAGAGCCAAGAAGCGAGCCAAAACGACCAAGGCGCAAGCAUCUGAGCCUGAGUACUUCGAAGAGAAGCGUAAUCUGGAGGAUUUGUGGAAGGCUACAUUUUCAGUGGGAACGGAGUGGGACCAACAGGAUGCACUUAAUGAAUUCAACUGGGAUUUUACAAAUCUUGAAGAAGCUCUGGAGGAAGGUGGAGAGCUCUAUGGGAAGCAAGUCUAUGUUUUUGGCUGCACUGAGUCUCAUUCAGUCACUUACAAAGAUGAAAACAAGGAUGUCCUUGUUCCUGUUGUCGUUUGUAUUGAUUCACCUAUUCCCCCUUCUGAUGAGAUAGGAGUUGCAUCGGUUCAAGGAGAGGUUGGGGAAAUUAUUGCAAUGAAAACUAUGAAAAUGGCUUGGGUUCCUUACAUCCCACUUGAACAAAGGGAUAGACAAGUUGAUAAUAAGAACUUUCCAAUUUUCAUCUUGGGCUGUACUCAGAGAAGGUCUGCUCUCAAACAUUUGCCUGACGAUCGUGUUAAAAAGUUCAACUAUUGCCUUCCUUACAUCAACAACCCAUAUAAGGUUGAUGACUCUGAGAAGAGCACUGUGGUUAAAAUAAUGUUCCCUUCUGAGCCACCAGUUGAAUGUGAAUAUGACUGGGUGAAAAGCGUCAUUGAGGAAUUCACCGACAGUCUGAUCAAUGAGGAGGUAUUACUCCCGGAACAAAAGGUUGCGUUCGAGGAGUUUGUCAAAGAGAAAAGUGACAAAGCUAUGGCAGCUUAUGACACGGCACAAGAAGCCCUAGAGAAAGCAAAGGAAGGACUGAGCGAAGAAACAAAAAAAGCCUAUCAAGAAAUGAGGUUGUACAAGUUUUAUCCAUUGCCUUCACCAGACACACCCCACACUGCAGGAAUUGAGAAGUCCCCGUUCAUAAACAGGUACUUCGGGAAGGCUCACGAAGUCCUGUAA